CAGACCUGAACGCCUUCAUCCACCACCCAGCAUGCUGGUCAGGUUCUCCCAGGGACGGAGCUCUCUGGGUGGGGCAGGAGGGCUGCUGCUGCUCCCUCUCCUCCUGGGACUGAUGAUGACGAUGAUGAUGAUGAUGGAGGCAGCGAGCGUUGAAGAACUGGAGAGCGAGGAGAGUCAGGAGAUCCUGGAGGAGGAGGAGGCCGCCAGCACUGAGAUCCUGGAGCCGCUGUCCUCCGAUCUGUCCAGAGUGUCUCCUCUCAGCUCCUGGCUGAUCUUCAGAAGAAACUCCAACAAGGGGGACAACCGCAGAACCAAAGGGUCUAGGAGGACCUCCAAGCAUGGUCUUCCAGGCCCUCCAGGCCCUCCAGGACCCCAGGGGCCUCCAGGCCCCCCCGCCCCCCUGCUGCCCCAACAACAGGAGCUCAUCCAGGAGCUGCAGCUCAAACUGAGAGGUGAGACACAGAGAGACUGAGGGCUUCAGUUCAAACUGACGAAGCUACGCUAAGAGUUUCCCCCUGCUUCCAGUCUUUGUGCUAAGCUAGGCUAACCACAUCCUGGCUCUAAGAACAAGAGGGUUUACAUUUAUGUUUUCAGUAAAGAAAAUUAUGAAAUCUUAAGAACGUGUUUAGUUCUGAGUUCUUAGAGUUAAUAAAUGCAAACAUUCCUCCGAACCUGGAUCCAGACAGAAGACUGUUCGGCUUUAUUUUCACAUCAUUUCCUUCAAUUUUUCACUUUCACUCAGUGAUUUCUGUAUGUAGGUUAUAUAAACACAGUGUGUGUGUGUGUGUGUGUGUGUGUGGAGGCAGGCUGUCUGAGUCCCUAAUAGGGGUAAUUUUGUGGAGUGUGGAUGUGACUUGGCUCAGCAGCAGGAUUCCUGACAUUCCUGCUGACUGAUGGUGUGUCUUUGUUACUUUCUGCCUGUUUGUGAGUGAAUUUGUUCGUUUGUGCUUGUUUUCCUGCAUCAGGU